GGGUGGGGAGCGGGGGUGGGGGUGGUUGCCGUGGACCCCCAGUAUUAAAGCCUAGAGGGGAGACUAUUGACUUUAGAACUAGUGAGCUAUCUGGAGAGGAGACACACUCAUCCAGGAUGCCCGAGCCAGUCAAAAAAGCAGUCUCAGCGUUUGCCAAGAAGCCCAAACCUCAAGUGGCCGAGGAGGGCUCCUCUGUAGUGUUUGAGGUUGAGACUGAGAAGGCCGAUGCCAAGGUGAGAUGGCAGUGCAACGCCAAAGACAUCACCUCCGGGGGCAAGUACGUGGUCACGGCAGAGGGCAACAAGCACUCCCUCACCAUCCCAGCGGUCACUAUGGCAGACAGUGUCGGCUACGCUGUGAUCGCAGGAGGGUCAAAGGUCAAAUUUGAGCUGAAGGUGAAAGCCAAAGAAGAACCUCCCCAGGACUGCGCUGCUGAGCCAGCAGUCCCAGACACAGCCACUGCAACCCCAGCUGAUGUCCCAGCUGCUGCCCCGGUCGAGGCCCUGGUCGAGGCCCCGGUCGAGGCCCCGGUCGAGGCUCCUGCCUCAGUGAACGGUGGAGGGGAACCUUCAUCAGGGUCAUCAGAGGCUCCCACUGCCCCGGGUGAAACCCCGUCAGAGGGGGUGGCAGAGGCCCCAGCACCUGUGGCCAACCAGCAGCCCCAGGAUGCCCACCCUGUGGAGGCCUCUCCCUGUCUCUCUGUAGAUGGUCAACUGCCAGACACCAGACAGGACCUGACCGGCCUUUUCACAGAGAAGCCCCAGACUGGUGAGGUAACUGUGGGUGAGAACAUCACUUUUGUGGCCAAGGUGAAUGCUACCUCUCUACUGAAGAAGCCCACCAUCAAGUGGUUUAAGGGCAAGUGGAUGGACCUGGCCAGCAAGUCUGGCAAACACCUUCAGCUGAAAGAGCUGUACGACCGCAACACCAAGAUGUAUACUUUUGAGAUGCACAUUAUAGCAGCCAAGGCUAACUUCGCUGGAGGCUACAGGUGUGAGGUCUCUUCCAGGGAUAAGUUUGACAGCUGUAACUUUGAACUUACUGUUCAUGAGGCCCGGACAGUUGAGGGGUUCGACAUCAGGGCUGCUUUCAGACGCACGAGUGCAGCUGCUCAGAAGAGAAGUGGACCAUCAGUAAGUAGCAUAGAUGGAGGUGAUGACACAGGCGAGCUAGAUUUCAGUGCCCUGCUCAAGAAGAGAGACAGUUUCUUAAAAGCCUCGACUCGGGCCAUCCACGUGAACGCAGAUCCUGAUGUGGACGUGUGGGACAUCCUGCAGAAGGCCCCGGCCUCGGAGUACGAGAAGAUCGCCUUCCAGCAUGGCAUCACUGACCUGAGGGGCAUGCUGAAGAGGCUGAAGAAGAUGAAGAAGGAAGAGAAGAAGAGUGAAGCUUUCCUGAGGAAGCUGGAUCCUGCCUACCAAGUAGAGAAGGGUCAUAAGAUUAAACUGGAAAUCGAGGUAGCCAAUCCUGAUGUAGAGGUGAAAUGGCUCAAGAACGGACAGGAGAUUCAGCCAACUGGGAGCAAAUACAUCUUUGAGAGCAUUGGUAACAAGCGCUACCUCACGAUCAACCACUGCUCCCUGGCUGACGAUGCGGCCUACACCUGUGUGGUGGGAGAGGAGAAGUGCACCACGGAGCUCUUUGUUAAAGAGCCUCCGGUCCUGAUCCUGAAGAACCUGGAGGACCAGAUGGUGAUGAAGGGGGAGCGCGUGGAGCUGGAGUGUGAGGUGUCCGAGGAGGGGGCCCUCGUCAAAUGGGAGAAGGACGGCGUGGAGCUCACCAGGGAUGAGUCUUUCAAGUACCGCUUCAAGAAAGAUGGGCGCAAACACGUCCUCAUCAUUAAUGACGCCACGAAGGAGGACUGUGGCAUCUACAGGGUUAAAACUAAUGGAGGAGAGUCUGUGGCUGAACUCUUGGUGCAGGAGAAGGAACUAGAGGUGUACCAGAGCAUAGCUGACCUCACGGUGAAGGCUAAGGAUGAGGCCGUCUUCAAGUGUGAGGUCUCAGAUGAGAAUGUGAAGGGGAUCUGGUACAAGAAUAGUGUGGAGGUGAAGGCUGAUGCUCGGACACACAUCACACACAUUGGCAGGAUCCACAAGCUGACCAUCGAUGACGUGAAACCUGAAGAUGAGGGAGAUUACACGUUCGUCCCGGAGGGCUACGCUUUCAACCUUUCAGCCAAACUCAACUUCUUAGAGGUCAAGAUUGACUUUGUGCCUCGCCAGGACCCUCCGAAGAUCCACCUGGACUGUAUGGGUCGCACUGCCGAGUCCACCAUCGUGGUGGUGGCUGGGAACAAGCUGAGGCUGGAUGUCCCCAUCACAGGAGACCCAGCCCCCACCGUCAUCUGGACAAAAGCAGAUAAGGGAGGAGAGAGAGGAGCCCCUGAGCACACGUGGAGCCUGAAGGAUGGGGAAGUGAUCUCAGAUGGGCAGGGCCGUGUCCACGUGGAGAGCACCAAGGGUCACUGUGUGUUCACCCUGGAGGGAGCGGAGCGCCAGGACGAGGGAAUCUACUCCGUCAUCGUACGCAACCCUGCAGGAGAGGACACCGCUGACAUCAACGUCAAAGUUGUUGAUGUACCUGAUCCCCCCCCUGCUCCCAGAAUCCUCAGUGUUGGAGAAGACUCCUGUGUCGUCCAAUGGGACCCCCCUCUUUUUGAUGGUGGCCAGCCAAUCAUUGGCUACGUUCUGGAGAGGAAGAAGAAGAAGAGCUACAGGUGGAUGAGGCUGAACUUUGACCCCUAUGCCGACACCACCUUUGAGGCCAAGAAGAUGAUCGAGGGUGUGGCCUAUGAGAUGCGCAUCUAUGCUGUCAACGCCAUCGGCAUGUCCCGUCACAGCCCUGCCUCCCAGCCCUUCAUACCAGUGGCUCCCACCAGCGAGCCGAUUGGUCUGUGUGUGGAUGACAUCAGUGACACCUCCAUCUCGCUGAAGUGGAGAACUCCAGACCGUGUGGGCUCCGCUGAGCUGGAUGGCUACGGGGUCGAGUACUGCAAGGAGGGCUCGGAUGAGUGGAUCCCAGCGUUUGAAGGCCUGACAGAUCGGACGUCCGUCACCAUCAAGGACCUUCCCACCGGGGAGAAGAUGCAGUUCCGUGUGAGAGCCUACAACAUGGCUGGGCCCAGCACCCCCGCCUCCCUGGCCCAGGCCGUCACCAUCAGAGAGAUCAUGCAACGCCCCAAAAUCUGGAUCCCCCGUAAUCUCAGACAGACCCUGAUCAAGAGAGUUGGAGAAACCAUCAACUUAGUGAUACCCUUUCAGGGGAAGCCCAAGCCCAAGGUGACCUGGUUCAAGGAGGGGGAGCCCCUGGACCCCAAACAGGUGAGCGUGAGAAACAGCGAGACUGACACCAUCCUCUUCAUACGCAAGUCCGAACGCAAGGAUUCUGGGAAGUACAGCCUGCAGGUGCAGAUUGAAAAUGUUGAAGACACGGCAAGCGUCAACAUCCAGAUUGUUGAUGUUCCAGGGCCACCAGAGGCUCUGAAGAUCAUGGAUGUUUGGGGCUUUAACGUCGCUCUGGAGUGGAAACCGCCCAAAGACAAUGGCAACUGUGAAAUCAUUGGCUACACCAUUCAAAAGGCUGACAAGAAGACUAUGGAGUGGUACACAGUGUAUGAGCAGUACCGCAGGACCAACUGUGUGGUGUCGGACCUCAUCAUGGGGAACGAUUUUGUGUUCCGAGCUUAUGCCAUCAACAUGGUGGGCCUGAGCCCGGACCCCUGCGACUCCAAGGACAGCGCCUACAUCCAGAAGACUGGUAUCGUGUACAAGCCCCCGUCCUAUAAGGAGCACGACUUCUCCGAGGCUCCCAAGUUCACCCACCCUCUGGUUAGCCGCUCAGUCAUCGCAGGAUACAACGCCACCCUCAGCUGCUCCGUCAGGGGAAUCCCAAAGCCCAAAGUCACCUGGUACAAAAACAAGAUGGACAUCUCUAAUGAGGCCAAGUACCGCAUGUUCAGCAAACAGGGAGUGCUGACGCUGGAGAUACGCAAGCCCUGCACUUUCGACGGAGGGGUCUACAUCUGCAAGGCAGUCAACGACAGUGGAGAGGACGUUGUGGAGUGCAAACUGGAGGUCCGCUUGCCUCCUCCCGAGGUUCACUCAGUGGUCCAAGCUCAAAUCAUCAAAGAAGAAGCUAAGAAGUAAGAGGCUUGGAGAGGAGCUGAUUGAAGAUACCAUACACGUCCUCUCUCUUUACAAGGCUUACUCUGGGACCCUGGGAGGCCAACCCUAGGAAACCCAAGUGUUUAGAUGUGUUUGUUUAACUCUAAUGUACACUUAACCAUCUCUUAUGAGCCACGUUAGCUUCCCUUUCACCUCAUGUAAAAUCACCCUAGAUCCAUCAGUCAUCUCUAUUUAUUACAUGAAACCCUUCUGGAGGAAUGUGAAGCAGGGUUUCACAGGCUGACAGACUCCCUAGGAGAAGUGGAGGAGAUCCAAAUGUCUGGCUAUGCUCUCUGUUUUAGACAAUGUUGAGUUUUUGUGUCUUAUUUAUGAAAUUAAUAAAUACAUAUCUUAAUUGUCAACA